CAAAAAAUCGCCAACUGUUGUCGCGAGACAACCGCUUUCUUGUUCUCACACGUCGGCUUGUCAGCUAUGAUCGUCGCUUACACAGUGCUUGGAGCUUUCACCUUUCGGCAAAUCGAAAGCGAAAGUGAAAGGAUGGAAAAAUUCCACAUAAUAAAAUUGAAGGAUGAUUUGGUUGGCGAGAUUUUGAACUUGACAGAAAAAGCUCGGAUUCACCCGAAUAAAAAACUCCUCAACGAAACCUUAAGGAAAAUAUUCCUUGACUUUCAGACCGAAUUGUACAAGGCAGUAAAAGACAAAGGCUGGAAUGGUUUGGAUGAGGUUGACGAGACGUCAUUGCAGUGGUCACUGGCUGGUUCCAUCCUCUACGCUAUCACAGUUAUUACUACUAUUGGAUACGGCCACGUUGUACCGAAAACCGAUAUCGGACGAAUAGUUACGAUCCUCUACGCCCUGGUCGGUAUACCGCUGACGUUCCUCUACUUAUCGAACAUAGGCAACUUUCUUGCAGAUUGCUUCAGAAUUUUUUACAAAAAUAUCUGCUGUGAUGUUUUCUGCUGUAAGAAGUGCGAGAGACAGAGGAAGAAGGAGAGAUUAAUUUUGAGAAAGAAACGCGAAAAACUAAUUAGAAAAAAGUUAGUGGCAGAGGCCGCAAAGCAGACGGUCCUUAUCAGCUGUAACAAGAAGAAGAAUCGAAAUUACGCAAAGUUACGCUCCGUUGUUGGCGUGACGCUUGGCAGAGACCUCAGCACUGAUUUGAGCAGUAGCGGUAAAGAAGAAACGUGCGAGCAUGCAACAGUCACGGUACCCAUAUACAUCUGUCUCAUCCUCAUUGGCAGCUACCUCUUCAUCGGAUCUGCCUUGUUCUCGUUCUGGGAGGGAUGGAACACAAUAACCGGUUCUUACUUCUGCUUCGUAACCUUAAGUACAAUCGGUUUCGGUGAUAUUGUGCCGGGUACCGAAGCAAAAGAUUGGUCGUCACAACCCAAGUUAGUACUCUGCGCCAUCUGGUUGGCCUUUGGUCUGUCGUUGCUGGCGAUGUGUUUCAACUUAAUGCAGGAAGAGGUCAAGGAGAAGUUCAAG